AUGUCCCAGCCAGAGGCCGAUUUCCGUGCCCAGUUUGGCAACUGGACAUCGAGAAAUAAUGCCUCAAGAUCAGCAGGUCCCCAAUUAUCCUCCUGGACAGAUUAUGUCAGAUCAAGCGCCAACGACCUUUAUGAGUCUCUCCCCACAUAUAACAACCCAGCGGUCGCUGCUCCUCAACAAGAGCCAUCUUGGUUUAAGCUAAGCAGGUUUGAAAAGAUUGUUGGCUUUGGAUGUUGUUUAGCAGCUUCCAUAUUCUGCUUUGUUUUCAGUUUCUUUAUGUUCCCCGUGCUUGCUCUCAAUCCCAGAAAGUUUGCAUUGCUCUGGACGAUGGGAUCGUUUUUGUUCGUUGUGUCUUUUGGUAUCCUACAAGGCCCUUAUGCUUAUAUCAGACACCUUACGAGCCGAGACAGAGUUGUCUUUUCGGGUAUCUUCUUUGGAUCCAUUUUCCUCACCAUGUAUUGUGCCCUUGUUCUCAAGAGCACCAUUUUGACCCUCUUUGCCAGUAUUGUUGAGGUCAUUGCAAUUGCAUACUACAUUAUCAGUUAUUUCCCCUUUGGUGCUACGACUUUGACCUGGUUCACAAGCUACAUGGUCGGCUACUUUGGUGGAAUAUUCUCAGCUAUCUUUUGA